AUGGCACCCUCACUAGAAGAACCGACGCAAAUCGACUUCAAUGCGCCUCUCAAGGCAGCGCCCAAGCUCGUUGCGCCUGAGCCAGGACCCGAAUCGCAACAAGCCGGCACAGCAGACAACUGCGCCGGCUGCCCUAACCAAGCCAUCUGCGCAUCCGCUCCCAAAGGCCCCGACCCAGACAUCCCCCUCAUUACCGCACGUCUCUCCUCUGUGAAACACAAAAUCCUCGUUCUCUCCGGAAAAGGCGGCGUCGGGAAAUCCACCUUCAGCACGAUGCUCUCCCACGGCUUCUCCGCCAACCCCGACUCCACCGUCGGCCUCAUGGACACGGACAUCUGCGGCCCCAGCAUCCCGAAAAUGAUGGGCGUCGAAGAGGAGACGAUUCAUACUACAGCGGAUGGCUGGGAGCCUGUGUGGGUUAGUGAAAACUUGGGGGUGAUGAGCGUGCAGUUCAUGCUGCCGAACCGGGAUGAUGCGGUGAUUUGGCGCGGACCCAAGAAGAACGGCCUGAUUAAGAAAUUCCUCAUGGAUGUCAAAUGGGGGGAAUUGGAUUUCUUGAUCGUCGACACGCCGCCGGGCACGUCGGAUGAACAUUUAAGCGUCAACAGCUUCCUCAAGGCGAGCGGUGUCGAUGGCGCAGUGCUCGUCACCACACCCCAAGAAGUAGCCCUCCUAGACGUCCGCAAGGAAAUCGACUUCUGCAGGAAAGCCAGCAUACCCAUCCUCGGCAUCGUGGAGAACAUGUCCGGCUUCGUGUGUCCCGGGUGUAAGCACGAGAGUCAGAUUUUCAGGGCGUCGACGGGCGGGGCGAGGAAAUUGGCGAAAGAGGAGAAUAUUCCGUUCUUGGGCGCGGUUCCGCUGGAUCCGAGGAUUGGCAUGGCGUGCGAUUAUGGAGAGAGCUUUUUGACGGCGUACCCGGAUAGUCCGGCUUGUGCGGCGAUUAGGGAUGUGGUGAGGAGGGUCGGGGUGGAGAUGGGGUUGGAGGCGGAUGAGGUUUUGCCUGAGGAGUAG